UAAUUUCGCUGUGUUAUAGGGAGAGACCGCCCGCUGCGAAAUUACCCUGGCGUCGGCUGGUCACGUGAAUCCCAGAAUCUGGGAUUUUUCUCAUAAAACCGUUUAGGGUGGGUAUGUGCGUAGUAUGAUUGUCUCUAGAGUAAUUUUGACAAAGGAGCGAAGAGAAACUGUAAUGAAAUAACGCGGAAAAAUGGAGGAAAUAACAUGCAAUAUAGCAUUUUUUCUGGUCAUAAGAUCAAAUUACAUAUCAAAUUACAAUAGCAUGAGCAUUUGCAUCUUGCAAAGCUUCAAAUGUCAUUUGCUCGGUAUGGCUUUGAGAGAAACACCAAAGAAAUUGUAUCCAGCGUCCGUUUCUAGUUGUAUUGACCCAGCGUCUUGUCGACUUUGUCGUUCUAUUGGUGACGCGAGCCAUCGCAAAGAUAUUUUUAAGCCAACAAAUCGGGCAUUGUUGAAAAUCGCCGAACAAUUGUAUGGCCGCAAUAUUGCUCCGGAUCCAAAUCUGCCCCGUCAAGUGUGUAGACCAUGUGAGCGCAGACUUAAGAACUGUUUGGAGUUUCAGAAAGUUAUUUCAGAAACACAGGAGGUCUUCCUAAAACGUCAGCCGGCUAACACACGAGUUAAACGAUGUAUUGAUGUCUCGCCAUCGAUUUCCAGGGAGCCAAAAUCCCGUUUAAAUCCUUCUUUGAGAACCUCUUUGAUUUCGUCUUUUGGUACGUCCAGUUCGAAUGCUGAUAUAGAGAAUGUAACUCCCUUGAAAGAGGUUAAUGUAUUGGAGAUGGCUGAAAGUGAAAUGGUGAAUGUUGCAAGGAGAGACCCACCAUCAGUCUUGCGUAAAAGGACAUAUGCAGGUUUGUGCCAGGAAAAUUGGAUGGAUGAGGUUGUAAGCGAGCUAACCACCAGAUGCCCGACUGUUGCCAAAAUCUUAUCAACCUUGCUUGAUUGUGAUAUAACUAAUCCUGGAAAGAAGCUACCACCUUUAUGUUUGGUGUAUGCCACCAUUAUGUUCCUGAGAUGUCAUGAGUUGAGCAGGAUCCAGCGGAUAAACACUGUUAUUUUGGUCCAAGGAAAAGCAACAACAAAUCUUAUUGAUCGACUUAAUAAAUAUGGGGUAUGCCUAAGUUCCUCAAAAAAGUAUGUUGUGUAUGAUGAUAUCGGAAAGCAUUUUUUGGAUCAUGCUGUUGAGCUGGUAAAAUCAGGUAUGAAGUUUGUUUAUGUCGUUGACAACAUUGACUGGGAAGAAAGGGUUCAUGAUAUGAGGGAACAUCAUCAAAACAAGAGCAUUCAUGCAGUAGCAACCAGUAUGGUGUUCACCAGGAUUCCAAGUGAUCAUUUGCCAGACAAUGGCCCACAGAUGGAUGUCAAGACUUGCAACUUUCGGGAAAUUGUUAGGAUAAGUGACAGUGAAAUGCAAAGUAUCCACAGUCGAUACCGAAUGCUUGUAGCAAGAAUUUUGAUUGAAAAGUUCCCAAAAUUCUCCAAUCUGAGAUCUUAUAUAUCUGACGAACUUGCUCUAGAACAUGAACAUUCAGCUGUUACCUCUCAAAGGUCGGAAAUCAUGACCCUUCCAGUAUUAAUGAAGGACGAAAAGAAGUAUAGUGAUUGUGUUGAUGUCUUGGACCAACUUGAAGAAUGGACACACGAGGUCUAUUAUGCAAGUGGUUAUUGUAAAGUUCCCCAGUCUUCAAAAUCUAACACCCCAGUAGAAGUCGCUACAAGACCAGAUCAACCAAGAGCACACAUACCACCUGUGCCAUCAGAUGAAGAUCCAUUGAGUGGCAUUAAAAUUCCUUGCUUUGGUGAUGAAUUAACAAGAGUUCGAUUUGCUGGAGCACGAGAUCUUCGCUCUGGGUGCCAUACAGCUAAGCAACGUUUGGAUCAUUUGUAUCCAUACCGUAUUGUUGGAUGGCAUACUAAGAGAAGUUUUUUGAAGUCGAUCUUCAAAAGACUGUACAAGAACUCGGGCAGAGAGAGUGGUACACUGAGGUAUUUCCGGGAGGUGCUAAAUAGACGAAAUGUGACCAUUGAUGUUAAACAUUUUGAAGACUGCGAGCAACUUUUUAUGAGUGUUGGCAAUUGCUACAUCAUUGAAGCUCUGCUUGCAUUCUUUGAGAUGGAUAAUGUUGAUGAGUCACCAAAGGAAAAUAAUCCCCUUCCUCCCAAUGACUUGACAGAUGAAGAGAAAAAAGCCCACGUACAUGCAGUGUUGGACAAGUUCCUUUACCAAUUUCUUAAUCAAACUAUGGAACACAGUGAUGAUGAAGACAUGUCAGGUGAUGAUGACAAUGAUGAUGACAUAUCAGAUGGUGUAUUUAAUUACUCCAUAAAUCUUAUCAAGUCAUUCAUGGUGCUAUUAGAUUGCAAAGAUGCUGUAGCAUCAGGGAAUGGUGAGCAUCUUGCAUUAGUUCAGAAACAGAUGUUGUUUUACUUCUCAUCUGUUUCUGGAUAUAAUUCAUAUGCAAUUGAGAUGUUAGUUAAUACUAUUCAGAAUGCUGUAUUGCUGUCCCCUGCUGAAGCACAUCUGUGCAAAUGGGCUGCACUGGCAAAUUGGAAGGGUGGAAAAAACAAAAACAUUGAGAUAGAUCUGCUGCAGGAAAACAGAAACAAAGAUAUCAAAGGACUUAUCAGCUUAAUGGGAGCAAAUAAGACUACGAAAGCAAUUGAAAGGGUUAGCAGGGCAGCUGGAGGUGUUCACAAGAUUGUUGAUGUGUAUGAAAGCCAGGCAUUGAUUAAGGCAAAGGCAUCAGCCCACUCCCACAGGUCCUCUAUCGAAGAUGAAAACAAGAUCCUUGCUGAUUUAAGGAAGAUAAAGCCAUUUAAGCAAACACCUGGUAGAUCCCAUAAAUCCUUUGUAGGAAUUUCAUCCAACCCACUCAAUAACUUGGAUGAGAAAAAGUUCUGUGAAUGGCUGCAGAGACAUCAGAAAAACAUUUCGGUACACUUUCCUACACAAUCACCUGAGGAACGUGAGACUGAUGAUGAAGAAACCAACCAAUAA